AACUAGGGUAAAAGUACUAAUUCUUGACACCAUCCCAAUUUAUUGACACCUCAGUCUUUUUUAUAAAAAAAUAAGAAAUUUCAGCAUUUUGGUGUUGCUUUGUAACAAAAAAAAGAGGUGGUAGUUUAUUUUUUAUCGAAAUGGCAACACAGAAUUGUCAACAAAAACAAUAUGGCGAUAUAACAACUGUGGUGAUACGAGCGUGGCGGUAAAAAAAGAAAAAAAGGUCACUCUUCUAAAGUUUUGCUAAGCGUAAAAAUGAAACCAAAGUGCAACAGAUCUAAUAAGACUGAAAAACUUAAAGAAAAAAGAAAGAGAUAUGACCCAGAAUCACUAAAAAAAGCCUUGCAGGCAAUAGCAAAUGGUAUGAGCCAAAAACUUGCGGCUAAGACUUAUCAGGUUCCAAGGACUACUCUAAUUUACAAAAUUAAGAAUCCUGACCACAAUGUACGCCCAGGUCCUUCUACUGUGUUGACAGAAGAAGAGGAAAAUCAUUUAGAAAACUGGAUUGAAGUUUGCAGCAGAAAGGGGUUCCCUAAAAGAAAAGAGGACUUAAUUAGUAGUGUAUCUCAUUUUGUGAAGAAAAAGAACCGAGCCAGCACGUUUAAAAAUGGCGAAAAAUGGUUUAAAUUAUUCAUGCGUCGCCAUCCAAAUAUUUGUUUUCGGACACCAGAAGCAGUAUCCUCUGCCAGUGCGGCAAUUUCAGAAAAUGACGUGAGAGGCUGGUUUAGCCAAAUUGAGGAGUACCUUCACAAAAACAAUUUAUUUCACAUCCUUUCCGAUCCGACACGUGUUUAUAACGGAGACGAAACAAAUUUCCUACUUUGUCCCAAAACAGGGGUGGUGUUGGCUCCAAAAGGAACCAAAAAUGUAUAUGAAGUAGACAACGCACCGGCUAAGACAUCUCUGACAGUCAUGUUCACGUUUAGUGCCAACGGAAAAGUCACGCCACCAAUGGUCAUUUUCCCGAAUAAAAGACUUUCGGCAAAUAUAACAUCGACUAUACCUCCAGACUGGGGCAUUGGUCUAAGUGAUAACGGAUGGAUGAAGUCAGAAAUUUUUCAUGAUUAUAUACAGACUGUACUUUAUCCUAGCCUGGUGAAAACUGGAGUAAAAUUCCCAGUGAUCCUAUUCGUAGAUGGGCACAAAUCACAUCUUACGUAUCAGGUGAGUGAGUUAUGUGACCAAUUAAACAUUAUACUCAUUGCCCUUUACCCAAACUGUACAAGGCUAUUGCAACCUGCAGAUGUUGCAGCUUUUAAGCCCCUUAAGUAUGGCUGGCAAAAAACAGUCCUGGAAUGGCGUCGUACCCAUACUUCUGAGGCGUUGACUAAAGUCUCCUUUGUGCCACUCCUGGAAAAAACCAUUAAACAAUGGAUUUCGCCUUCAACAAUCAUAAACGGCUUUAGAGCCACUGGAUUGUUUCCAUGGAACGUUAAUUCCAUAGAUUUUACAAAAUGUCUUGGAAAAUGUACCGCCCAAAAAGAAAUACAGAAUUAUCAACGUAAAGACAGACCAUCCAUGCUAUCCAUUGAACAAUUCCAAAAAAUUGUAGGCGAUAAAAAAAUUGCAGAAAUUAAGCAGGACCCACUCGGAUCAGAAAAUAUGUACCUUAAAAAAAUUUGGGACUUUUUUCAAGGAAAGCAAACUAUCUUGACGAAAGAGUUACAUGGCGAAGAUAUGUCGACGGGAAUUGAAUCGGACUCUACGGAAAUCAUAAAUAUGAAAGUAACUGUUGCUGAUGAUGAUCAGGAAUGCCUUUCUGAGAUUAUACCUGUAACUGAAAAUCUAACAGAGCACUCUUUGGAUAUCGCUCAUAUGAGAGUUAUCAUUGCCAAUGACGACAUUCAAUAUCAAGAAAUACUUUCUGAUUUUAAACCUAUAGCAAAUGAGGAAGUGGUAGAAAACACUGCUGUGUGUAAUGACGAAGGCAGUAUGCAAAAAGAGGUACUAAAAACAGACAUGAAUGAGAGUUUUUCACAGGAUAUUGAAGGCAUGACUGUCUCUCAUCAAGCAGAAGUAUAUGAGAUAUCUGACAAACAAAAGACAUGCAAAGAUAUGAAGGCUAGUCUACAGCCUAUUACGAUAAAAAAUGCUACUCAACAAGACUAUGACAAAAUAGAUAUUCUUGAAGAUGCAACAAACCCUAAUAUCCAUAUUUCUUCACAUAUUAUCUCACAACUCACGCCCAUUAAACUUCAAGAUGUUCUUGUAUUACCUAGAACUCCGCAAAGAAAAGGUCAGAAAAACACAAAAAGGGCUCCAUUUGUUUUAACGUCAGCUGAAUGGAAGGCGCAACAAAACGAAAAGUUAAGGCUUAAAGAAGAAAAAGCAGAAGGUAUUAAAAAGAGAAAAGAGGAAAAAGAGAAGAGGCUGCUAGAAAAGACAAAAUUUACAAAGAAAAAAGCCACAGUUAGGAAGUCUAAAAUAAACGAAACUAAGAAAGAUCAAGAUGACAUAAAAAAGAUUUUGUUUUCUGAUAAAUUUUAUAAAAUUGUUGAAAGCCUCUCUACUGCUAACCUAAACUCACCGGAAAAACAAGAUAUAGAAAAAGAAAAUGAAAAAGAAAUAAAAAGACGUUACACAAAAAUUAAGGAAAAGACAUAUACCGCGGAAGAAAUAGAACGUUUUUUAACUGAAUUUGAAGACUGAAUUUGAAGCUGAUUUUAAAUAGAUUCUUAAGUUCUUAUGUUCCUUUUAUGUUUCUAAGUAGUAACUUUUUUAUAUAUUUCAAAAGAAAUAAAUAAAAAUAUGAUAGACCCCCGAUUUUGUUUCUUUUUUUCAAGUCUUCCUAAGGUGUCAAUAAAUAGGGACUUUGUUGUGACGAUAAUAGGAAAAAGUAUGUCAAUAACUGGGUAAACCAUGCCAUUUUCAUUUCAGGUCGAAAAUUCAAAUAUAACGAUGUAAACAUGUCAUUUAUGGUAU